UGAAUGGCAGAGGGCGGAAUCUGGCGCUUCGUAUGAGGGACUGAUAGGUGGGACCGCAGAAGAAGGCGGUGCCUGAAAGUCGGACUGGGAAGCUAGGCGAUACACUGUGCCUGGAACGAGGUUUCGUGUGACGAUGAGGACAAGAGAGACAAGUGUAACUUUAACGUCCUAGCCACAAGACACACCAGUGUGGUGUGGGUAGAGGUAGUGAUAUUCCCGGGGAAACGCUAGGAGGGAAGAAUUACUUUCAGGGAGGGGUAGGAAUUUUCGGGAAGGAGACGUUCACUUGUGCGGUUUCGGAACACCAGCAGCCUAUCAGAACCCCCACGCGCCAUGCGUCUUUGUUCCCCCCGGGACGCCCCGCGGUACCCGCGCCUGCGCGCGGCCGCUCCCUUUCUUGUCAGCCGGCCUCUUCCGGCCAGCUCGUAGGGGCGUGGCUGCCCUGACAACAUGGCGGCGCCCGGGAAGAUGAUGUUUCCGGAGAAACCGAGUCACAAAAAGUUCAGAGCCGCCCUGAAGAAAGAGAAACGAAAGAAACGGCGGCAGGAACUCGCUCGAUUGAGAGAUUCAGGACUCUCACAGAAGGAGGAGGAGGAUGCUUUUAUUGAAGAACAACACCUAGAAGAAGAGAUGCUGUUGGAGAUAGAGAGGCAAAAAUUACAUGAGGCAUGGUUGCUUCGGGAGCAGAAAGCACAAGAAGAAUUCAGAAUAAAGAAAGAAAAGGAGGAGGCAGCUCGAAAACGACAGGAAGAACAAGAGAGAAAGUUAAAGGAAGAAUGGGAAGAGCAGCAGAGAAAAGAGAGAGAAGAGGAGGAGCAGAAGCUACAGGAGAAGAGAGAAAGAGAGGAAGCUGUGCAGAAGAUGCUGGAGCAGGCUGAAAACGAGUUGGAAAAUGGUGCCACAUGGCAAAACCCAGAACCACCGAUGGACUUACGGAUAAUGGAGAAAGACCGAGCUAAUUGUCCAUUCUACAGUAAAACAGGAGCGUGCAGAUUUGGAGAUAGGUGCUCACGUAAACACAAUUUCCCAUCCUCGAGUCCCACACUUCUGAUUAAAAGCAUGUUUACGACAUUUGGGAUGGAGCAGUGCAGAAGGGACGACUAUGACCCUGAUGCAAGCCUAGAGUACAGUGAAGAGGAAACCUACCAGCAGUUCCUGGACUUCUAUGAUGACGUGCUUCCCGAGUUCAAGAACGUUGGGAAAGUGAUCCAGUUCAAGGUCAGCUGCAACUUGGAACCUCACCUGAGAGGCAAUGUGUAUGUUCAGUACCAAUCGGAAGAAGAAUGCCAAGCAGCCUUGUCUUUGUUUAACGGGCGAUGGUACGCGGGACGGCAGCUCCAGUGCGAAUUCUGCCCGGUGACUCGGUGGAAAAUGGCAAUUUGUGGUUUAUUUGAAAUACAACAGUGUCCGAGAGGAAAACACUGCAACUUUCUCCACGUGUUCCGAAAUCCCAACAAUGAGUUUUGGGAGGCUAACAGAGACAUCUACCUGUCUCCAGAUCGGACUGGCUCCUCAUUUGGCAAGGGCUCAGACAGGAGAGAGAGGAUGGGCCACCACGACGACUACUACGGGAGGCCCAGGAGGCGGAGAAGCCCUAGUCCGUCGCAUUCCUACAAGAGAAAUGGGGAAGCUGACAGGAAAAGGAGAAGCAGCCACCGGGGGAAGAAGUCUCACAAACACCUGUCAAAGAGUCGCGAGAGGCACAGUUCGCGCAGUAGAGGAAGAAAAAGGGAUGGCAGCCGCAUCCGGGCCAGCCGGAGCCAGAGUUCCUCCAGGUCCAGGAGUCGUGGCAGGAGGAGGUCAGGCAGCAGAGACAGGACGACGCAGAGUCCCAAAUCCAAAUAAACCGAUUUUGUUCCGAAAUGAUCAUACAUCUUAUUUGUGAUGGCUGCUUCAUACUUGGGUAGUAGAGGGCUCUGAGCUCGAUGGAUUAGCAAGUCCGGCAGAAAGAACCCUAUUUCAAAAUACUUUUAUUCUCUGAGAAUCAGUGUGUUUAGCAUAGAAGACACAAAAUGUAUAGAUAAUGUGAAGAUCACUUGUAAUCCUAACCCUUGGUGAUAAGCAACACUGGAGCAUUGCUUAAGUCUUUUUCCUCUUCUUACGGAUGUGUACAAAUAUUUUUUACACAGAGAUCAUAUGUGGCUGCAGUUGAAUAUGCUUUUCUUCCUAUGCAAAACCUCAUAUUUUGUCAACCCUCUUACUUUUCUCACUGCAUGGUGCGGGUCUAUCAGUUUUAUUCAACCAUAUCCCUAAUUGUUGGAUUUUAAAGUUCUCCCUAAUUUUGCACGAUUAAAAGAAUCCAGUGCUAUAAACAA